UAAUAUUGCGAACCGCGAACUGUUCAUCUGUAGACCAGUCGUUGGCGAUUGCAGUAGAGUUGGAGUCAUCGAAAGCCUUCUGACGUGUUUGCUGGAGCAGGGGAGCAUGGCCGCCUGGAUCUCCGUAGUCUUGGCAGCUACCGUAUUAUGGGUUCUCUAUACAUGGCGCAAAAGGAAGUUUUCGUACUUCAAGGAUAUGGGCAUACCUGGGCCAGAACCAAGCCUGAUAUUUGGGAACCUGAUGGAAAUAAAGCGAAGGGGUGGCGCUACGAUGUUUGCUGAAUGGAUAAAGAAGUACGGAAAUGUUGUCGGGUUCUACAACGGCGCCAUUCCUUUCCUCCUUGUCAAUGACCUGGAGUUGCUGAAGAAAGUGGAAAUCGAAGAUUUUCACAAUUUCGCCGAACGAGGGAAUGUCAUCGAGGUCCAGGCCGUGCCCGACAUUCGGCAGAGGCUGAUCGUCACCGCUCCGGUCAACCGCUGGCGCGAGAUGCGUGCCGUGCUCAGUCCCGCCUUCACCACCAAGAAACUGUCGCAGAUCUUUGUCAUUAUGGACGAGUGCACCGACACCAUGAUCGAGCUGCUCCACCAGAAGGCGUCGACGGGCGAGGCCGUGGAGGUGUCGAAGGCCUUCAGGCGCGCCACCAUGGACACCAUGUUCAAGGCAGGCUACGGCGUCAACCUCGACGUCCAGCAUAGCACCCCUGGAGGACCUCUGGAUCAGAUGGGCGAUGGUGCUGGAGCGCUGUUGCGGAGAGUACCCCUGCAAGGAAUAAGCUUUCUCUCCAACUGCUUCCCGGAGUUGCACCAUUUCUGGUUCCUUCUCACGUGGGUGACGUCACGGGCGGUGGUCCCUUACUUCACCCUGACCACGAAGCUCAUCCAGCCGGUUAUGUCCGAGAGGCGGGCGAAGGCGCUACGUGAGAAAGCUGAUGUCCUGCAGCUUCUUUUGAACAAAGAGAGCACGGGAGAGCUGUUCAAGAACGACGCACACGGGUUCGACGGGAAAACGAAGCUGGCGCUAACGAGGGAAGAAGUGAUCGCGAAUUCGGCAUUUUAUUUGAUUGCAGGCCUGGAAGCGACCCCGAACACGAUGGGCCUCACCCUGCAUCUUCUCGCAUUGCAUCCCGAGAUUCAAGACAGGCUACAGGCUGAGAUCUCGGAGGUUCUCCAGAAAGACGGAAAGUUUACAUCGAAGAACGUGAUGGAAAUGCCCUACAUGGAUAUGGUUUUGAACGAGUCUAUGCGCUUCUACACUGGAGUGGUCGGCUUUGUUACACGGCGUGCAGAAAGGGACUUCGAGUUCAAGGGCACGAAAAUUCCCAAGGGACUCAGCGUCAUGGUGCCUGUCACUUACCUACAUCACGAUCCCGAAGUUUGGCACGAACCGGAAAAGUUUGAUCCGGAAAGGUUCAACCCAGAAAACAAGUCACAGAUCCACCCGGUCAGCUUCCAGCCUUUCGGGAAAGGCCCCCGGGAAUGCCUCGGAAAGAAUUUUGCUCUCGUCGAGAUGAAACUGAUGCUCUCGAAAUUCGUCGCCAAUUUUAGGGUCAUCGUUGAUGAGGAGCAUCAUAAGGAACCUAUCAAACUGAGCUCGGCGUUCAUUACCACAGUAGUCAACGAUGGCAUCUGGCUCAAGCUUGAGAAAAUGCAGCGCGAUCCAAGCGCAGGUUCAACGAGGAAAGCCCGCACGGCGGCGCUUGAAGCGCGCAUCAACGCUUAGUGGCUUCCUCGACAAUUUUUCACCUGUGCCUUACCUCGCUGUUUGGAGCUCGAAAGUUGCAACCGCUCCUAGCUCGCUAGCUGUUAGAUCUCUAGCAGGCACAGCAGUAGACUGAUAUUUCUUAGGACAUCUCACGUAUAUAGCCGGAAUCAAAAUGACUCAUCUCCUCUUAUAUAGCUCUCAGGAGAGUACAAUAAGUUUCUCGUUUUCCUUGUUUAUCUUUUUCACUCAAGUUUCUUCCUGUUUAUUAACUGCCAAUUACGAGCAACUCGGCCACUGAAGAGCAGGUUAUCUUCAAAUCCUUAUUAGUUCAUUUUUUUUUCUCCGGUCACGGCGACGGUCAUUUCGCAGGUGACCCGCGUAGUAAGAAUGUUGUUAAAACCUCAAGAAUCAACAGGUUAAAAACGUUCGUGACAAUUCACUUAACAGCAAGAAAUAAUUGACUUGAAGAAAAACAGCGCAAGAGAGUCAAGGACGUAACGAAGACAGGUACAACGAAUGGGCGCUAACUUCCAACUAAAUUAGCACACUUGACAAACGUGCAAAUAGCAUUCUGGAUCAGUCACAUGCUCCUACUGUACUGAGGUACUUCGACGACUACAUGAUGGUCGUUGGCGAAGUACUGCAGUCGAGGCUAGAUGAAAAAGUAGAAAGGAUAAUUAACACCUUUAUAAACGUGUCUGGGGCUCUAAACUUCACAGGCAAGCGGCCAAGUGACAAUUGCAUUCGUUUUCGGGAACUGAAGAUCACGUUGUUGAACGCGCCAUUCACGGUGUACCAGCCACGGUUGUACCAGCCAGGUGUACCAGACACGGUUGAACAAGCAACUGAUUUCGUAUGACAGUGCCCACUCCAAAUUAUUAGUAAAAAGAGGGGUCGCUAUGACGUGUCUGAAGCAAGCACUAAAUAAAUCUUGCAUUCAGAAGGUAUAACAGAGCUUUAAUAACCACGUUACAAGGCUGAGACAAGCCGGGUUUUCCUUCAUAUCUAGUUUCUAGCGUUUGUGAUAAGCUUCUCCAGAAGGUCAGACAGGUAAGGGAAGGAGUUAGCACAGAAAAACCAGGUAAUAGCAGGAACGUACAUGCGAUCCCAUAUUGGCACUGGAUGUCCCAUAAUCUCAAAAAGGUUGCGAAAAGGCACAAUGUUAACGUUGCCUUCAGUGCGCCAUGUAAAUUGGUCAAGAUAUGUCCUUGGCGACCAAGACAAAACCAGACCCUUGCUCUCAGAAGCAUGAAGCAUUUACUUGUAAACAUGUACACGCAAUGCACAAUUAAGAAGUGUUGUCUAUGAAAUUCCCUGAGCUGCAACCAGGUAUAUAUUGGGCAAACGGGGCGUUGCUACAAUGAAAGCGCGCGAGAGCACAGCUGGGCCGUAAAUAACAAUGCGGGCGGGCAUUUGGCUGAACAUUGUAAGCGUUGCAAAUGCCGUCCAACACCAAGUUUCUGGCACGUUCUGGAGAUAGACUAGAAAGGGAGUUACUGGAAGCCGUUUACAUUGCGAGGGCCUAGGGCACGUGCAUUAACUGCCCAUGAGUGGCACUUCCGACAAAGAUAUUGCUUUUCUGAUGCGAUAGAGAGUUCAUGGUGUCACGAUGGUGCAAUUCAUUUUUUAUGCUUGUAUAUAAACCUUGCUUCUUCAAAUAAAAAUUUUGUUGGAAGUUAGCGCCCGUCUGUUGUACCUAUCUUCUUUUUGUACUCGUCUCUAUUGCGCUGUUUUUUCGUCAAGUAUAUUGCACCAACUUGCCCAUAUCAAGCUCCUGCAGCAAGAAAUUAUAUCGGGGUGGGUGGCAUCGUGUUGAUGAAAUCGACCUGACUUAUAGCGCUUAAUAAGUCUCUACCUGUUAGCUGACUUAGCCUGUCCAUCCUUCUGACCUUCUUACCUUCUGACCUUCCGACCUUCUGAACUUCUGACCUCCUUGAUCCUCCUGAUCCGUCCUGACCUUGAGUGGCCGCAAAGUCCUGCGAGGUCUCAUGUUUUUUUUUUCGCAUGGACGUGGAGCGUUUAGAGCUUAGCACGUACUUUAAUUCAUGUGUAUUUUUGUAAUGAAUAAACAUCAACUGUCGUUCGUUGUU